AUGCCAUUAAUUACUGUUCAAGGGCUAGAGGUAGAAGGUGGUGAGGAGAAGAAGGGGAAGGAGGGGAUGGUGGAUGGAAAGUUUGGCAAUGAAGCUGGCAUAGGAGGGAGAUUGAGAGAAGGGAGUGUUGGCAUAAUGUUGGGGAGCAAAGGUGGAAGUGUUGUAGGGUUAGGCAGAGUGAUAGAAGUGCCAGGCAAAUUUGGUGUUGUUGUUGUUUGCAAAAGUUGGCGAGAUGCUAAGCUCAAACUCAUGCUUGAGAAGGUGACAACCACAACAAGAAAGAAAGGUGUGAUGAAGGAUUUGCUUGAGGCCAUGGUUGAUGAGUUGAAAAGAAGAGUAGAGGGUAGUGAUUAUGAGUGUGUUGAAGUGAAGGGAGAGGAGGUUCAUGGGGAGGUGGUGGUUGAAGGUGGUGGAGAGAGGAAGGGGAGGGAAGGGAAAGUGGUUGGAAUAAUGGUGGGGAAUGAAGGCAAGUUAGUGGGUGGAAGUGGAGGGAGAGUGAGCUGUGGGAAAGUUGGAAUGUUGAUGUUAGGAAUAGAGGGCUGUGGCAGAGAUGGGAUUGUAGGCAAAUUUGGCAAUGUUGUCUGCAGGAGAUGGCGUGAAGCUAAUGCCAUCUCAAUGCUUGAGAAGGAAAUGGCAAUGAAAAAGACCACGAUCAUGCAACUGUGA